AUGAACCGCUUUCAUCGAGCGACUCCGGUCAUCCCCGCAGAGCUGGAGAACAUAACCGAAGACGAGCUGCAGGAGUACCGUGAGGCGUUCCGGCUUUUCGAUAAGGACGGAAACGGGACGAUAACGACUAAGGAGCUGGGAAUCGCCAUGCGUUCAUUGGGGCAAAACCCGACCGAGCAGGAGCUGUUGGACAUGAUCAACGAGGUGGACAUCGAUGGUAGCGGCACGAUCGAGUUUUUCGAGUUCUGCCAGAUGAUGAAGCGCAUGAACAAGGAAAACGACUCAGAGAUGAUCCGUGAGGCGUUCCGGGUGUUCGAUCGCGAUGGCAAUGGUUUCAUUACCGCGCAGGAGUUCCGCUACUUCAUGACGCACAUGGGCGAGCAGUUCACCGACGAGGAGGUUGAUGAGAUCAUCAGGGACGUGGACAUUGAUGGCGACGGUCAGAUCAAUUACGAGGAGUUCGUCAGGAUGAUGACCCAGAAAUGA